AUGUUGGGGGGGUUCAUGAGCGCGCCCGCCAGCCCCAUGUUCCGCACCUCCAAGCACGCGCCUUCCGCCGCCCCCAGCGCUGCUCCCGCGGGCAGUAGCGGGUCCGUGGCGGCAGACGUCUCCUCCUCCUCCGGCGGGACCUCCCGCCCGUCGUCGCGCGACGGCGGGGGGAGCGCGAGUGGGCGCAGCUUGCGCCGGGACGGGCUGUCCGCGGGAUCGUCGUCGGGGCGGCGGGGGUCGUCGUCGGGGCGAGGGCCGUCGUCCGCCGUGCUGCCGCUCCCGGGCGGCGGAUCCAACCUGCCCGGCAUACUCACUAGAAACUUCUCCCGUAAUAGCUCUUCGUCCACUGCGUCUACACCGCCCCUUGCACCCAAUACGCCUAGCGCGUACCCGCCUAAGAGCCCUUCGGUAAAAGAAAAAGAAAAGGCCAGGGAGAGGGAGAGAGGGGAGAGGGGAGGGGAGGGGAAAGGGGAGAGGGAGAGAGGGCGGAGUGGCGUGGGGAGCAGCAGCGGGAGGGAGAGAGGGCCUUUGGAGAACGCGGAUAUAGAGGCUUUAAGGGAGCUGCAGCUGCGGCAUCGCCUGCACAUCUUUUCGUAUGCAGAACUCCGGGCAGCCACUAAAAAUUUCGCGCCGGAGAAUUUGCUGGGCAGCGGGGGGUUUGGGAGGGUGUAUCGAGGGGAGGUGGCUCUGCCGUCCCUCGCGAAUCCCGCUGGCGAAGCUGGUAACAGCGGCGAAAUCGCGCUGGAGGGGGAUGGGCGGGAGGGAGAGGGGGAGGAGAGGGGGGAAGCAGGGGAGCAGGGAGCGGGCGGGCGGGUGGAGGUGGCAGUAAAGAAGCUGAAUAGCAAGAGCAUGCAGGGCCACAAGGAGUGGAUGGUUGAGGUGAGUCUGCUAGCAGCGGCCAGCCACCCGCACCUCGUGCGCCUCAUGGGGUGCUGCGCCGAGGGUGACCGCCGCCUGCUCGUCUACGAGCUCCUGCCGCGCGGCAGCCUUGACCGCCUGCUCUUCCGCCCCUCCUCCUCCUCCUCUGCUAAUCCCUCUGCUGCUGGUGGAGGGGCUGGAGGGGAGGCGGGGCAAGGGGCGGGUGGCAAGGUGCUGGAUUGGGGUACGCGGUUGAAGGUGGCGCUGGGCGCUGCCAAGGGGCUGGCUUACCUGCACGAGGAGAUGGAACCUAGGGUGAUAUACCGCGAUCUCAAGACGUCCAACGUGCUGCUAACAGCGUCCUUCCAUGCCAAGCUCUCCGACUUUGGCCUCGCACGGGAGGGGCCCGAGGGGGACUCCGAGUAUGUCUCCACCAUGGUGCGAGGCACAGCGGGGUACGCGGCGCCAGAGUACAUGCUGACGGGGCAGCUGACCAGCAAGAAUGACGUGUGGAGCUUCGGCGUGCUGCUGCUCGAGCUGCUCACCGGCCGCCCCUCCAUCGAUGGCAAGCGGCCGCACCCGGAAGGCAACCUGGUGCUGUAUGCGCGGCCAUACCUGCAGCAGCCGGCCGACAUAGUCAGGAUCAUGGACCCUGCUCUCACUGCCACCUCGCCCCCGCCCGCCGCUGCAGCCAAGGUGGCGGAGGUGGCGCGGUGGUGCCUGGCCCUGGACCCCACUCACCGCCCAGUUAUGAGCCAGGUGGUUGACGUUCUCACCUUCCUCUCCUCGCAGCAGUGGUCGUGA